AUGGUCGUCCCGAGGUUCGAAAACGGCGCCGUUCGGCCGCCGCCGCAGUUUCGCGGCGUCAGGAAGCGGCCGUGGGGAAGGUACGCGGCGGAGAUCCGCGAUCCGCUGAGGAAGACGAGGAAGUGGCUCGGCACCUUCGACACGGCGGAGGAGGCGGCGCUCGCCUACGACAGGGCGGCGAUGAGCCUCCGCGGCGCCAAGGCGAAGACGAACUUCACCUACGCAGACGCCGCGCCUUCUGCUUUGCCGCCGCCGCCGCCGCCGCCGAUGAUGAGAUCGGAGUACACCGGGUACAGGAUCGACGGAAUCGGAGCGAUGCAUAUGAGGUGA